AAAGCUGCUGUGGAAUGAGAGAACUCAGAAUUGCGGCAGACAUUCAGCCAUCUACUUGCAAAAAGAGAUCGGAGUCGGGCAUGUGACUCUCCUGGACCCCCGAACCCACAAAGCUUGAAGAUUCCAGGCAGCCUUGGAGCAUGGCAAGUCCAGAGCAUCCUGGGAGCCCUGGCUGGACAGGACCCAUAAACCAAUGCAUAACAAGGACCAGACAAGAAGUAGUGCCUCCAAGCCCAGACCUCCCUUGUCCAGGACCUGAAGAAGCCCAAGAUGGCCCCAGCUCCAACUCCAGCAUGACCACAAGGGAGCUACAGGAACACUGGCAGAAGGAGAAGAGCCGCUGGAAACACGUCAGGCUGCUCUUUGAGAUCGCCUCAGCCCGCAUUGAGGAGAGGAGAGUCUCCAAGUUUGUAAUGUACCAGAUCGUGGUCGUCCAGACCGGGAGCUUCGACAGCGACAAGGCGGUGGUGGAAAGGCGCUACUCGGACUUCGAGAGGCUGCACAAGGCCCUCCUGAAGCGCUUCGGGCCGGAGCUGGAGGACGUGGCGUUCCCGCGGAAGCGCCUGACGGGGAACCUGUCGGCCGAGACCAUCUGCGAGAGGCGCCUGGAGCUGCGCGAGUACCUGCGGCUGCUCUACGCCGUGCGCGCCGUGCGCCGCUCGCGCGAGUUUGUCGACUUCCUCACGCGGCCGGAGCUGCGCGAGGCCUUCGGCUGCCUGCGCGCCGGCCAGUACGCGCACGCGCUCGACCUGCUGGGCCGCGCGGUGCCGCUGCAGGAGAAGCUGACGGCGCACUGCCCGAGCGCCGCCGUGCCCGCGCUCUGCGCCACGCUCGUGUGCCUGCGCGACCUGGAGCGGCUGGCCGAGGCCUUCGCGGUCGGCGAGCGUGCGCUGCGACGCCUGCGGGCGCGCGAGAGCCACCGCUACUACACGCCGCUGUUGGACGCCAUGGUGCGCCUGGCCUACGCUCUGGGCAAAGACUUAGCAUCGCUGCACGGCCGGCUGGACGAGAACCAGCUCCGGAGGCCCACGCACAGGGGUGCCACCCUGAAGGAGCUCACCGUACGAGAGUAUCUGUCCUGAGGCGGCCCGACAAGGUGCCCUGGCAUCCAGGCUGCGCAGAGCCGUGGGUCGCCGUCGCCGGUGGGCUUUACUGGGCAGCUUUGGACAUGCCCGGGUGUACUGUGGUGUCUGCUGAGCAGAGGGGCUCCUGGGACCUCUGGAAGAGCCAUCUUGUGCCUCUUGAGUGCCUAGUUCUCUAAAUUCUAAGCCCACAAGCUCAGCUGUCAAAACUUUGCGAGUACCAUGGACCUUACUUGCCAUUUCGGGAUGGGAAGGACCGCACAGAAUGAGUCAGCCUAGGCACUUUGUUGAGAAUGGCCCCAAAUAAGAGGUCACAGAAUUACCAAAACAGAAAAAGAAGAAGCACCUGUUUUUGUAGGCAGCCAGGGGAGAAAUUUGCAGGGUCAUCCUGCACAAACAUGCAACACAUUUCCUUCCCGUUGCCCCAGAUCUUCCCUUCGCUCCUGUGACCCCCCAACCCCGCCCCCAUCAAUUGCAAAUAUUUUCAUCCAUUAGCCCACAGACCUAGCUCCUUCUUUUGGUGUCACGCUCUCAAUCAAAAAGCUCAGGAGAAUCCUGCAGGAUGGAGAUUAUAUGAUUCCUUGAAGUUAUAAGGAUGCUUGCUGGGAGGGAAGUCAGGUGUAGUAGACAAGGAGGAGGGGAAGGUAGAAACUUACUAUACAUUUAGUACAUCAUAGUACUAUAUCCAAGUAUGGCUGCAGGUGGCUCCUUUGGGAAGAAAUAUUACUACACUAGAGCGUGAGGAUACCAUGUAACUGCAGUGGUGACCUCCUCAGAGAAGCCUACCCGUUCUGUUUUGCCUUGAGGUUCCCUUCUCAGCCUUGGGACUCUUUGGAGUCCUACCAUUUAGAAGGCCCUUAUCAGGCACAGUCCCUUGACUUUGGACUCCCAGAACCAAGAGCUGAAUAAGGCCCUCUUCUUUAUGAAUGAAGCGGUUCAUGGUAUCCAGCUAUUGAACUGAACAGAAAAUGGGCCAAGUCUCAGACACACCAUGCCUUGCAGCUGAGGACAAUUCCAAACAUGCGUGAGGUUGGAAAUCUCUGAGAAUUUAGACUGCUGACUAGUGCUCACCCACACCUGAGGGCAGAGGAAGCAUAGUUUGGUUCAAAUUAGCUCAAGCAAAGAGGCUGAGCUCCAGUGUUCUGUGAUGGAAGUGUCCUUGGUGCUGUAAGGAAAAUAAACAAGGACUUCAUUCAAAAAAGAAUGCUCAGCGUCUCAAAACUAUGCAUGGGCAUGUGUGCGGGGAGUAUGAAUAAAUGUAUGGGGAUGAGCAGAUGUGACAGUGUGGGGAUACUCAGUGUGCACACCGCGGGAAGAGCUACAGCAUCUCCGGGUGGAGGGAGUGGAGUUCCCCUUGGUACCCUGAAGAAGGAAGGGCCAGUCCCACAGAAUGUGCAGGGAAGGAUGUGUCCUGCUUACUGGAAAAGGGACUGGUAACAGUUCAGUUUUGGGACCCAGCUCACCUCUUCCUAAUGCUGCCCUCCUGCAGUGUGCACUCUUCAGAGAAAUUUGAACAAACAUCUGUCACAGCACGUAGAACUCCACCAAGAGACCAAAGUUUGAUCCCACCCAAGUUCACUUUGAUGAGCCAAUGAGUUUAUUGAGCUUAACACAGAUGGGAGGAUGUUUAUAGGGUGUGUGACCCCAAAGCGGUGGCACCACUGAAAAGCCUUGCUCCAGCAUAGAUGGAAUACUCCUUCACUUAACUCAGACAUACCACAUGUGUCUGUGCUCUGGUACCUUCUGAGACCACGAGACCAUCUGCAACCUUGGGCGGAAGUCCGCACAGCUGGGAGGGAGCCGUAGUGAGGAG